AUGAGUUUCUUGGGCGAACUCGUCGACUCAAUUGGCAGUGGGAAGGCUCCAACACCUCCCAAACCACUCGUUCGACCCAUCAAUGCUAAUUCUCAACGUCUGACACAAAACGCCGGCAAGCCAGGUGCUCGCACGGGCUUUCAAGCUACGCCUUCACCACUGAACGGUACAAAACGAAAGGCGGAUGAAGACUCUCUGAAAGUGGUGGAAAAGCACAUCAAACCGAAUCCGGCUCCUGGUUUAUCAAGCACGGUCAACAGACGAGUGGCUGCACCACCGCUCAAUGCCCCUAAGCCCUCGCUCGACAAGCUUGCCACGACCGCCCUCAAACCGAGACUUGAUACUACCGCCAAUACUUCUAAGUCUGGCUCAACCCCUCCUGUGACACCAACAACUUCCAGUACACCGACAACUUCCAGUGCGAAACCGCCAGCGAAGGGGUCAUAUGCAGACAUUAUGGCACGAGCUAAACAGGCACAGGAGGCCAAGUCUCAAAUUCAAGUUGGAAUGAUAAAGCAUCAAUCUACAAAUCGUGAAAAGAUUUCAAAACUUGCUGAACGGAAGAAGCAAGAAGAAGAGAAAAUUAAGGCAGCUAAGGAGAAACAUAAUGGUCGAUUGGCGAAAACUGGCAAACUCGACAAAGCACGCAGUGUUAGCCCUGCCAAGAAAUCAGACCUGCCACGGACUGCCAAAGUUGCUCGACCACCUCUUCAUGCGCCAGCCACAGCAUACCGAGGCACAAUGGGCACUUCUGCGGCGAAACCUCGACUACCACCAUCCCGUAAGAAAGGCAGAUACGAUGAGUAUCUGGGCACUGAUGAGGAGGAAGACUCAGAGGUCGAUGACGAAGAUGAGGGAGAUUAUGACUCUGACGCGUCCUCUAACAUGGAAGCGGGGGCCUUCGACAUUGAUGAAGAGGAACGCAGAGCCACGAAAGCAGCGAGAGAUGACGACGCCAGGGAGCUCGCUGAAGAGCAGAGACUUAAGCGCGAGAAGGAAGAACGACGCAAGCGUUUAGCCAAUCUUGCAGGCAGACGCAAAUAG